UCCAGCGUCCCCAACCCCGGGACGCAGUGGAGCCCGGCGGGCGGUCCCAGCCCCAGCCGCGGCCGUCCCGGGGGCGCAGACGCCAAAGCCCUUCGGGCCAGGGCAAGGACCCAGGCCGGCCUAGCCAGGUUGGCAGGCUGCAUGAGACCUGAGGCUCCAGAGUAUUUGAGAAAGGAGACGAGCCCUCCAGGUGCUGGCCAGGACUCCCUCUCUGGCUGUGACAGCCCCAUGGCCCCGGUCGGCCACUGAGCCCCACCAUGGGCAACCUAUACUCAGAAUACCUAAGCCCCAGCAAGGUCCCAGAACACUAUAAUUAUACCAAGGAGACGCCAGUCACAGAGACGCCCUCCCGCCAGGUGGCCUCAGUCCUCAUCAUCAUCCUCUGCUGCGCCAUUGUGCUGGAGAACCUGCUGGUGCUCAUCGCGGUUGCCCGCAACAGCAAGUUCCACUCGGCCAUGUACCUGUUCCUGGGCAACCUGGCUGCCUCAGACCUGCUGGCAGGCGUGGCCUUCAUAGCCAAUACCUUGCUCUCGGGCCCGUUCACGCUGAGGCUGACCCCUGUGCAGUGGUUUGCUCGAGAGGGCUCUGCCUUCAUCACGCUCUCCGCCUCCGUCUUCAGUCUCCUGGCCAUUGCUAUCGAGCGGCAAGUGGCCAUUGCCAAGGUCAAGCUCUAUGGCAGCGACAAGAGCUGUCGCAUGCUGCUGCUCAUCGCCGCCUCGUGGCUCAUCUCAAUGGUUCUCGGCGGCCUGCCCAUCCUUGGCUGGAACUGCCUGGGCCACCUAGAGGCCUGCUCCACUGUCCUGCCGCUCUACGCCAAGCCCUACGUGCUCUGUGUGGUAACCAUCUUCUCUGUCAUCUUAUCAGCCAUCGUAGCUCUGUACAUCCGCAUCUACUGCGUGGUCCGCUCCAGCCAGGCUGAUGUGGCCGGCCAGCAAACGCUGGCCCUGCUCAAGACCGUCACCAUUGUGCUGGGCGUCUUCAUCGUCUGCUGGCUGCCCGCCUUUAGCAUCCUCCUCCUGGACUACGCCUGUCCCGUCCGGGCCUGCCCCAUCCUCUACAAGGCCCACUACUUCUUUGCCUUUGCCACCCUCAACUCUCUGCUUAACCCUGUCAUCUACACGUGGCGCAGUCGGGACCUGCGGCGGGAGGUGUUACGGCCGCUGCAGUGCUGGCGGCGGGCAGCUGGGGGGCAAGGACGGAGGGACGGGACCCCGGGCCACCGCCUCUUGCCCCUCCGCAGCUCCAGCUCCCUGGAGAGGGGCACGCACAUGCCCACAUCACCCACAUUUCUGGAGGGCAACACAAUGGUCUGAGGGCCAAGUGGGCUGACAGUUAGGCUACAUGGAGAGUCACUGGGUGACGUGGGGCUACCAGUCAAGGGGCCCCCACUCCACAGCCUGGGGUGAUGUUGAAGAUAUUUCACACCUGGUAUGGCCAACUGAGACACCAGCCAGUCGGAUGGCAGAGCUGCAGCAGGGUCCCAGAGGCCAGUGCGGUGGCCCAUGUGACCUCUUCGGAACUGGAUCUUGGGGAGAAUGGGGGAGGGGGGACCCGGAAAGGGCCCAGGGGACAGCAGGUGGGUGCUCAAGAAGAGCACAGAGGGAGUUCCCGUUGUGGCUCAGCAGCUUAAGAACCUGACUGGUAUCAAUGAGGAUGUGGGUUCAAUCCCUAGCCUUGCUCAGUGGGUUAAGGAUCUGGUGCUGCCAUGAGCUGCAGUGUAGGUCGCAGACACUGCUUGGAUCUGGCAUUGCUGUGGCUGUGUCAUAGGCUGGCAGCUGCAGCUCUGAUUUAACCCCUAGCCUGGGAACUUCCAUAUGCUGCAGGUACGGCCCUAAAAAGACCAAAAAAAAAAAAAAAAAAAAAAAAA